UCUGAGCGCGGAAGUUGUCGUGAACUGUUCGCACGCUUAACGGUAGACCGGCAAAUUCCACUAAUAAAAAUACUAAUAUAAUACUUCGGGUAUAUCGUGUUUAAAUUAUAUAUAUGUAUGUAAUAUAUCGUCAUCGAAAAUACAAAACAAGGUGUAAUGUUUAAAAGCCUGAAAUAGCGACUAAAAAUUGUAUAACGCUGCAACACAACUUCAAUGCACUACGUGAGCUGCUAUGUCAAAAUGCUAAAACGCGACUUUCCCGUGCUGAUACUCUCUCUGUUCAUCCUUUGUGGCUUCUUCGUAUUUAUGCAACAUGCUUUUCGUGCCAGCGUUGCCAUACAAGAGAGUGUUAUAUCAAAUGAUAUGAGAAACAUUAACGUCGAAGAAGCCGUACCUUCGCCUGCUGAAGUUUUUUUCGGCGAUGAACUUUUCGAGAAAGAAUUGCAACGUCGUAAAUUAAUUGAACCGAAGGAUAGUCGUGAAGUGAAAAUAUUAACCGAAGCACCGCCCACAUUGGGACAACGUCUCAAAAAAUUACUAAAAUGCAACGAUCGACAGUUGAUGUUGGAGAAGAUUCAAUAUGGCAACUAUUGGCUGUUGCGUAAUUAUAUACGUGGUACGAUUAGCACGUCGGUUGGUUGCGCCGACACAAUUACAUUGACUACGAAUGGUGAUUACACGUUCUUCGAUAGUUUGCCAUUCUUAACGGAACGUUGGCAAGCGCCGAUCAGCUUCGCCAUAUUCUCGCCGGGUUAUGACUUCAAUGCCACACUGAGUUCCAUACAAUUUGUGCGUAAUUGUCUGCGUGAGAGCCAAUAUAUACGUGAUUAUGUCACCUUCCAUAUAUAUUUCCCACCAACGGAUAUGCCUGAAUAUGCACCAUUGACGGAAAAAGAGGCGCUCUUAUGGCCAUAUGACUGUGAGGCAGCGCCACCUUAUAUGGAUGUGGAUCGCAGUACAAUGUACAAGACAGAGCAUAAUAUGACUUAUCCCAUAAAUGUUGGACGCAAUAUUGCACGUAAAUCGGUCAAUACAUAUUUUAUAUUUGCAUCAGAUAUUGAAUUGUAUCCGAUGCCGGACUUACCGCGUUUAUUUCUCGAGAUGGUAGAGCGGAACCGCAGUGUGUAUUUGGAUAAUAAAGAACUGCGUGUCUUCACCAUACCCGUUUUCGAAGUAACUAAGGAUAGUCAGGUACCUGAAACCAAAACACAAUUAGUUGAAAUGUUACGAACACAUAAAGCGAUACCAUUUCAUUCGAAAAUCUGUAAAAAUUGCCAUUUAGUGCCGAAACAUAAUGAAUGGGUUAACGCCUCGGAUACCAAUGAGUUGUCACUUUUUUCGGCAACAAAACGUGAAGGCAAAUUCCAUUAUUGGGAACCGUUCUACAUUAGCGAUAAUCAGGAACCAAUAUUCGAUGAGCGUGUCACGUGGGAGGGACAGUCAAAUAAGCGAAUACAGGGCUACGCCAUGUGUUUGCUCAAAUAUGACUAUUUCGUUUUACAUCCCGCUUUUUUGGUGCAUUCACCAGGCAUCAAAUAUUAUGACAAAAAUUCGCCACGUCUCAGCUACGUACCAGCCACGAAUAAGCUUAUCAAACRAGUUAUACAGCCAGAGUAUCGAAUUUUAUUUGGAACCAAUAAGAAAUGUUUCACGUGAUAUUACCGGAUAUAUAAUAUAGAUAUAUAGUAUAGUGUAACCGUUUAAAUUGAUAAUUUAAGUUAACUUAUUUUGUAUAGG